AUGGUUGAUAGUAUCAAUGAUAGGCCGUCGACCUACACGUCGUUCUUUCAAGAAUCGCUCGAGACUGUUCCGAGGGCAAUCUCGGAGGUCUUGGAAUCGUACUCCCAUGUGCCAAAGGACGCACAGGUCAAGCAUAUCGUGAAAGUGCGCAACGCCGCGUACAAGCGCUGCCCAUAUCCAUGUAUAGGAAAUAUGCGCUUUUUGGACUUUGAUCUCUCUGCUCAUCCCCUGUACCAGGAGUAUGUCCUCGAGCCACUGAAGAGGCCGAAGCAAGACGGGGAAGCGGAACCUCUGUUUCUAGAUCUCGGGUCUUGCUUCGGCCAAGACCUACGCAAGCUCGUGUACGACGGGGCACCGGUGGAGCGGCUGUGGGCAAGCGAUAUUGACCAAUACCUGAUUGACAUGGGAUUCGAGUUGUUCAACGACGAAGACAGACUGCCAAAGGAGCGUUUUCUGUGUCCAGGAGACCUGCUCUCGGAUUCGCCCGAGGAUCGGCUUAACGUGCUGGAUGGCAAGGUGACGAUUCUACACAUGACUGCAGUUUUCCACCUUUUCACGUACGAGGACCAGAAAAAGGUCGUUGAUCGCUGCCUGCGUCUCCUGAGGAAGGACUCCGGUGGUCCCGUUUUGCUGCUGGGAAUGCAAGUGGGCAGCGUGAUCGCCGGGCCAUUCCUGCGAGAGAAUAUGACGCAGGAGUUCAGUCACAAGUAUCGCCACAACGUAGAGAGCUGGAAGCAGCUAUGGAAUGGAGUGGCCCAAGGGGACGAGUGGAAGGAGCGGAUCAGGAUCUUGGAAGUAAAGUCAACGUUGUUGGAGAGAAAUACAAAACCCAAAGGCAGUGGUGAGAAUCCAAAUGCUGGGGACGGUCAGAUGAGGCGCCAUAUCUUCGAGGUCCGGGUUACGUUCCACUGA